AUGGAAACCGCCCCGAAAGAAACUACCAACGCCACCAUUCUUUUGAUGGGCUUGCGCCGAGGCGGCAAGUCGUCCAUCUGCAAAGUCGUCUUCCAUAACAUGCAGCCGCUAGAUACCUUGUAUUUGGAAAGCACCACCAAACCCAUCAGCGAGCAGUUUCUGUCUCUCAUUGACCUUUCUGUGAUGGAGUUGCCGGGCCAGCUCAACUACUUUGAGCCCACGUAUGACAGCGAGCGUCUUUUUGCAAGUGUCGGUGCGUUGGUGUAUGUGAUUGACUCGCAAGACGAGUACUUGAAUGCGCUCACCAACUUGUCUAUGAUCAUCGAGUACGCUUACAAAGUGAACCCAAAGAUCCACAUUGAGGUGUUGAUCCACAAAAUCGACGGGCUUUCGGAAGACUAUCGCAUUGACGCCCAGCGUGACAUCAUGCAGCGAACAGGAGACGAGUUGUUGGAUUUGGGUUUGGAGGGAGUCCAGGUGUCGUUUUAUCUCACGUCGAUUUUCGACCACUCCAUCUACGAAGCCUUUUCCCGUAUUGUGCAGAAAUUGGUGCCGGAGUUGCCCUCGCUCGAGAACAUGCUUGACAACUUGGUGGCCCAUUCGUGCAUUGACAAGGUAUUUUUGUUUGACGUGAACUCAAAGAUUUACGUGGCCACAGACUCGUCUCCGGUGGAUAUCCAGACGUACGAGGUUUGCGCUGAAUUCAUUGACAUCACCAUUGAUUUGGACGAUUUGUAUGUUGAUGGAGAUGGACGCGAGGCAAAAUCUAGCGAAAUCCGCUCCACGAGCUACUUGGCCAACGGCUCGGUCUUGUAUCUCAAGCAAAUGAUCCGGGGCUUGGCUCUCGUGGCCUUGAUUCGCAGUGACACAGAAAACGAGAAGAUGGACGAGCUACUUACAGUUAUUGACCACAAUGUGGGGUUGUUCAAAAAAUCGUUGAUGAAAAUGUGGGCCAGUGCUAAGUUUCAAACACAGGAUUGA